AUGGGACAGUGCCGAUCAGCCAACGCUGAGGAGGCACAGGAAUUCAGUGACGUGGAGAGGGCCAUCGAGACCCUCAUCAAGAACUUCCAUCAGUACUCAGUGGAGGGUGGAAAGGAGACGCUGACUUCCUCGGAGCUACGGGACCUGGUCACUCAGCAGCUGCCCCACCUCAUGCCGAGCAACUGCGGACUGGAAGAAAAAAUUGCCAACUUGGGUGGCUGCAAUGACUCUAAACUGGAGUUUGGAAGUUUCUGGGAGCUGAUUGGAGAAGCAGCCAAGGGUGUGAAGCUGGAGAGCCCUUGCCCGGGGAGUUGA